AAUAUAUCAUCAUGGUACAUCAUGUGGGUAUGAAGAGACAAAGAGAUCAGAUGGCGGAUCCAAACUUAACCAACAUAGCUAACUGUCUCAUGAUCAUGGCUCGUGGAGGAGGGGACUUCAUCAACCCUAAUUACAUCCACCACCAGGACGUGGUGACCCACGAACAGGCCGCGGGUACUCGGGUCUUCGAGUGCAAGACCUGCAACCGUCAAUUCCUUUCCUUCCAAGCACUAGGGGGCCACAGAGCCAGCCACAAGAAGCCGAGGCACACGGGGGACUUGAGUCUGCAGCCGUCUCUGUCUCUAAUGAUCAGUUCCCAGCAGCCGGCGACAAAACCGAAGCCUAAACCGAAGACCCAUGAGUGUUCCAUAUGUGGCCUGGAGUUCGCCAUAGGGCAGGCACUUGGAGGCCACAUGAGGCGGCACAGGGCGGCCACACUGGCGGAGAACCAGCCCGCGGAUUUGUCCCUAUCUCCUCCUCCUCCUUUGGAAACUCCUCCACCCGUAUUUGUGCCUCAUGUGUUGAAGAGAUCGAACAGCUGUAAGAGAAUAUGUCUGGAUUUGAACUUGACGCCUAAAGAAAAUGGAAUGGAUAAUUUUCAUCAAUUCAUGAAUAUCAGAGAUCAGAAGGUUUCUCCAAUCCUUCAUUGUUAUUUUUGAAUUAUUAUAUAACUAUAUAUAUA